AUGUCGGACCAUGUGGGUGCCGAGGAAAAUGUGCAAAAGGUCAUGUCAGCAACAGAGCACGUAGUGGCUCCCUCUCACGAGUCACAUCACUCCCAUGACUCCGAAGACCAAGACUCAGAAGUUGACCAUGAGCCCAUCCAAGAACGCUAUGGAAACCCUUCGUACUCUAGAUUCCGCCGAGUGGCCUCCAAAACGAUUGUGUCAUUCGGGCCUAAUGACCCAGAAAACCCCGUCAACUGGAGAACGAGGAGGAAGUUCCUUGUUCUCGCAGCUGGUGUCAUGCAGGUCAUGAACAGUACUAUCGGCUCGUCAAUUUGUAGCAACGCCAUCCCCCAAAUUGCCGAAGAGUUCAACAUAACCAACGAAACAAUGCUCGUCUUGCCCAUCUCCAUCUUUCUCAUUGGCUACAUCUUAGGACCAUUGUUAUGGGGUCCUAGCUCCGAGUAUUUUGGUCGGAAGCCCCCUUUGCUCAUCUCCUUUGUUUUAUUCAUGAUAUUCACGCUGGCGUGCGCUGUCGCAGAUUCCUAUGCAUCUCUGCUUGUAUUCCGAUUACUCAAUGGCAUGGUUGCGUCAGCGCCUAUCGCUACUGUCGGCGGAUUGUUCGCCGAUGUACAUGACGAUCCCACACUUCGGGGUCGCCUGAUGGCUUAUUUCAUGGCUUGUACAACCUUCGGGCCAAUCAUCGGACCUUUUCUAUCUGGCUUCGUGGCAGUUGUCAGCUGGCGUUGGUGUUUUUGGAUUGGACUCAUUCUAUCAGGCGCUACCUUGCCAUUGAUUAUCUUCAUGCCUGAAACCUAUGCCCCGGUCAUUCUGAAGCGUCGUGCACACAGGCUGCGCAAAGACACCGGCAAUUCAAGCAUCGCAUCGCCAUUGGAUAUUCAGAGUCGCAAUCUGCGAGAAAUGUUUCUUAUCACGAUCUCACGACCCUUCCGCAUGAUUAUUCAUGAGUAUAUCGUUUCUCUGACUUCGUUGUAUCUUGCUCUGGCAUAUGCAAUCUUCUACCUCUACUUUGAGGCAUAUCCAAUCAUCUUCCAAGGUAUCUACAAAAUGAGCCCUGGUAUUUCUGGCUUGAUGUUCCUACCCAUCGGCAUCGGCGCCGUCCUUGCCUGUGGCAUCUUCAUAUGGUACGAUGGCUACCUAGCCCGAGCGAAGGCCCGCAACGCCAGCUGGGCCUUCAUCGAGGAAUACCGCAGACUGCCCCUCGCCUGCAUCGGCGGACCCCUAUACGUGAUCUCCCUCUUCUGGGUAGGCUGGACAGCCUCACCAAACAUCCACUGGGUCGUACCCUUCCUCUCCGGAAUCCCCUUCGGAAUGGGCUAUCUGUUAAUUUUCAUGGCUAUGCUGAACUACCUGACCGAUGCCUAUGAGACACUCUCCGCCAGCGCACAGUCCGCUGCAAGCUGCACGCGAAGCAUUCUAGGUGCUGUGCUCCCGCUCGCGGCUAAGCCGAUGUUCAACAGGCUCGGCGUGCAUUGGGCUUGCAGUUUGAUUGCCUUCCUCAGUCUGGGUGUCUCUGUAAUUCCGUUUGCGUUUAUUCGCUACGGUGACCGUAUCAGAGCAAACAGCAAGUUCUGCCAGGAGCUCAAGCGCGUCAAGGAGGCUGAGCGGUUGGAGUGGGAGAGAGAGGAGCGUCUCGCGAAUGGUGAUGAUACCCUCGAGCCUAUCCCGUCCCGCAAUACUGGGAUUUCGAUGACGAGGAUCGAUACUGCUCGAACGGAUAAAGCAUCGAUUAUUUGUUGA